UCCCCUUAUAUAAAUACAGAUCUGCAUCAGCAUAUCUUACUCACUAAUCUCAUCAAACUCAAUACUCAACAAACUCUUGUUCCCUCCAAAACUCGAAUCUAAUCGUUUCAGAGAAAAGCUUCCAAAUUUCGUUUCAGCAAUGGAAACUACUAAAUCAACCAAGGGAGGAGCCAAGGGAGCCGGAGGAAGGAAAGGCGGAGACAGGAAGAAGUCGGUCACCAAAUCCGUCAAGGCUGGACUUCAGUUUCCCGUCGGUCGUAUCGCUCGAUUCCUCAAGAAGGGAAGAUACGCCCAACGUACUGGUACCGGUGCUCCCGUCUACCUAGCUGCCGUUCUUGAAUACCUCGCCGCUGAGGUUUUGGAAUUGGCCGGAAAUGCUGCUCGUGACAACAAGAAGACUAGAAUCAACCCUAGACACGUUCAAUUGGCUGUGAGGAACGAUGAGGAAUUGGGGAAAUUGCUUCAUGGUGUUACAAUCGCCAGCGGUGGUGUUCUUCCCAACAUUAACCCAGUUUUGCUACCGAAGAAGACUAAGUCUGCUGAAUCUGAGAAAACUGCAACCAAAUCACCCAAAUCUCCCAAAAAAGCCUGAAUUUAGGUCUUUAAAUUUCCUUUUUCUUUUUUGGGUUUUGGUUCUUGUAGAAAUAUGUAAUUUGUUUAAGAAUGGGAUUUGUACUAAUAGGUUGGAUCUUUUCAAUCCUUUUUCUUUUGUUCUUGGUAAAAUAUUCAAUGAAAUUUACCUAAUUUUAUCAUGAUAA